AUGAAGUCCGAGCGUAACAGAGGCCGAUCGCCAUCGGGCGAGACAAACUUCUUUAAACGCCUCUUGGUGAUGCUCAAGCCUCAAAAAUCGCGUCAGCGACAUGGGCAUUCCCAAUCAGUCCCAAAUACUCUUGCUCCUCCAGCUUACUCGAGCAAUUAUGCUGCAUCGUCUACAUCACUCUAUUAUAAUCGUGGUGGCGCUAUGAAACAAACAUCUCUUGCUGCCAGGCCGCCCCCAGAGGUGUUGCUCGCUAUAUUUUCUUACAUCUGCCCGCAUGCCCUUGACUACACCUACGAAUCUGCAGAAGAUAGCGUUACCGAGACUGGAUGCAUGCUCUGCAACAUGCGGGACCUUGCGCGAGUAGGUCUCGUCUGCAAGGAAUGGCAUCGAGCGGCUCAGCUACUGCAGUACCGUAGCAUUCGACUCGACAGUGUCCAUUACUGUGGGAUGGAGGGCGAGCUUUCGGAGAGGCGCAAAAGGAGUUCAUUUUUCCAGAAGCAGAGUUCCCCGCUGGAAAUUCCCGAGCAACGAAUGCGAUUGUUGUACCGGACAUUCCAGGAGAGCGAGUCGAUCCCAGCAUUGGUGUGGCUACUGAAGCUUCCUUACAUGACACGGGAAACGUGCAAGCAGGACUUGGCUCGACUUGUGUCUCUGCUACCGAAUCUACGUUAUGUCGAUCUACCCGACGGUAUCUAUUCUGACGAUUCUUCAUGUGCAUCAUUGAAAGCCAUCCUUUACACAAGAUGCUCUGACCUACGCAAAAUGACCUGGAUGCCUGGAUCCGAGAAGAACUUUGUGGAUUUGUGGUAUGAACCGCCAUGGGUAUCACUCGAAGUAGUUGAGUUAUCGAACAUGAAAAUCGAAAAUGGAGAUUUAGUGCAGGCUCUCUCAUCAAUGCCGUAUUUAAGACACCUUAAAUUAAAAGAUAUGCAGUGGGCCACUGACGAAGUCUUUGACCCGGCAUUUGAAUUCGGUCAGUUCCGGGCCAUCAAAAGCCUGGAACUAGAAGGGAGCACCAAUAUCACUAUUGACGGCUUAUGCACAUACCUCUCUCGACCUGAAGUCCAAAAAACCCUCGAAUCUCUUACCCUCACAAACACCUCGAUCCCUGCCCACCUCAUCUAUCGUAUUUUACCUUUGGCAACAUCCCUCACAUCCCUCUCGGUCAAUCAAACUAUUUCUCGAGUUAUCCCUAGAGCUGAAGUUCAACUCCUCUCAUCGCCAACACUUACUCACCUCUCCUAUGAGAUCAUCGGCGAGGAUACCAGGUUGACUAGGCCAGCCCCGAGUUACUAUGCAUACCUUUCCGAAUCACUAUGGGCCGGCGGUCUCCCCUCGCUCAUCGACCUCUAUGUCCGCGAGACGACCUUCCACAAGCGUCUCCAGAACGAGCCUAAUGGUGCCAACGCUGGUGUCUUUGCGGCGGGCGAAUGGACGCAGAAAAUGACUAUCUUCGAAAAGAAUCUCGAUCAUAUGAACUGGACAAAGUACAGGGUCGGUGCACUCGGUAAUGGAAAACUCCUUGUCAGUCCAAUAUAUGAAAGACCCACGACCUCGGCCUUCAAUUCAGACUUCGAGGCCGAAAAUAGGGCAAGCCUAUUGACCGUCCCUGGUUCCAACAUGGGAAUCAAAGAAAAGAGGUCAAGCAGACAGGAUCUGUGGAGAUGA